GACGUCAUCAGAGGGGGCAGUAUAAAGGCGGCAGGAGACAGACGUAGAGUCAGUCUCAGCCGGACCUGCCAACACUCAACAUGUACAAGGUGGUGAUCGCUGUGUUGUCCGUCUUCCUCCUUGUGGCCGCUGCCAUGGCCAGCCCCAUGCCCGACCCUGGCUAUGGUGGCCAUGGUGGACACGGGGGAGGACAUGGGGGUGGAUAUGGGCACGGUGGACAUGGAGGUGGAUAUGGGCACGGUGGACAUGGAGGUGGAUAUGGACACGGAGGAGGACACGGAGGUGGACAUGGCCAUGGUGGCUAUGGAUAUGGUCGCUAGUGAAGAAACAUUAAACUUUAAGAGGCGUAAUAUUCUACAGUUCUCAAACAACUCACAAUAACUUUUAUUUUACUACAAUAAAAAUUUUUACUUCC